GUGGCAUCACACAAAAUUGGACUGUGUCGGGAGCUCUUGGGCUACUUCGGCCUCUUUCUCAUUCGGUUUGGCAAGGAGGGCAAGCUCUCUGUUGUGAAAAAAUUGGCCGACUUUGAACUCCCUUAUGUUAGUCUUGGAAGUUCUGAAGUGGAAAACUGUAAGGUUGGACUCCGAAAGUGGUAUAUGGAUCCAUCCCUCGACUCCACGCUGAUGGACUGCAGGGCGGCCCUAGAUUUGCUCUACAUGCAGGCAAUACAGGACAUUGAAAAAGAGUGGGCCAAACCCACACAGGCGCAGAGGCAGAAAUUAGAAGCUUUCCAGAAAGAAGACAAUCAAACAAAGUUUUUGGAGCUGGCCCGGGAGGUACAGCACUAUGGAUACCUGCAGCUGGAUCCUUGUACCUGUGACUACCCAGAACCAGGCUCUGGAGCUGUUCUUUCUGUCGGCAAUAACGAGAUCAGCUGCUGCAUCACCCUGCCUGACAGCCAGACCCAGGAUGUCAUUUUCCAGAUGAGCAGGGUGAAGUGCUGGCAGGUCACUUUCCUUGGAACUCUGCUGGAUAUGGAUGGGCCCCAGAGAACUUUCAACCAGAACUUAGAGCUCAGAUUUCAAUACAGUGAGGAUAGUUGCUGGCAGUGGUUUGUUAUUUACACCAAACAGGCUUUUUUGCUGAGUAGCUGCUUGAAAAAGAUGAUCUCAGAAAAGAUGGUAAAGCUAGCUGCUAAGAAUCCAGAAAUGCAGAUUGAAGUUCCGGAACAAAGCAAAAGUAAAAAAUACCACAUUCAACAAAGCCAGCAGAAAGACUAUUCUAGUUUUCUAUCAAGAAAAAGCAAGAUUAAGAUAGCUAAAGAUGACUGUGUUUUUGGGAACAUAAAGGAAGAAGACCUCUGAAGAAAACUCUCAUAUUUUAAAAAUCCUUGGAGGCUAUCUUAAGACAGUGAAAGAACUUGGGGAUUCAGGUGGGCUACCUACCAUCAAUGGAGGAAAUUUGACCUCUUCCGAUUGUUUUGGCAUUAAGAUAGACUGUAUUCAUCAAGAUAUUAUACCACAGCACUCUAUGGAAAUCUCAAGAUUAGAAAAAAAGGAACCAUGUUAUAGAGUUAGUUUUUAUUUUAUUUUUGCACUUCGUCAUGACCGUAUAGAGUUUGUUUUUAAUGUCUCAUAAAUGACAAGUGGCAAAUUCAAAUCAACUCAUAUGAAGCUCAUUCUAUUUUUUCUCUAAAAUACAUGUUUAUGUGGCUUCAUGAAGUCCUUUAGGUGUUCUGGAUUUACAUAAAUGAAAGUCUCAUAAAAUAUCAUAAAUGUAUUUUGGGUCAAUUUCUAAAGAUGUGACUCUUCAAUGGAGGAAAAUAUGUCUCUAAGAAGUGGAAUCACUGAAAAAGAAACCUGGGUUUCUCUGAUCUAUCCACACAGAAUUAGAGCAAGGAGGUGAUGAGAUACUGAUUUGUUUCCUCACAGCAGUCUGAGCCUACCAAUAUGGAUGUAGUCAAAGUAAAAGGCUGCCCCGUUCUCUGCUUGACCAUUGUUAUGAUUGUAUUCUGUCCUUAGAGUACUGAAAGCAGUUCGAUAAUCAACAUGCUAUUUGGAAUGUUUUAAUUUGGAAAGCAGUAGGGCCCUGCACCUGAUAUCAGAUACCUUAUAAGUCUCUUAGCUUUAAAACUAUGUAUACUUUCUCACAAGGUUUUUCCUUAUCUAGCUUCAUUUCUCUCAUGGUAAUUAAUGUAAUUAUGUAUAGAAUUAAGACCACAAUAAAGGAGAUGAUCAGAGGAAUCUGUAUAGUGUAAUUAGAAAAAGUGCAAUAUUCUAAUGUUCUAACUGGGGUGUACACCUAAUUAUAUAAUAAAUACAAAAUAAUUCUAGUGAAUAUAAAA